UUCAUUUAUCUUAUUUUUCAGCAACUGGGUCUCAUUCAUGCAGAUUUAAAACCUGAAAACAUAAUGUUAGUUGAACCUGGCCGUAAUCCUUUUCGUGUCAAAGUCAUAGAUUUUGGAUCCGCCAGUCACGUUUCGAAAGCUGUUUGUUCUACUUAUUUGCAGUCCCGUUAUUACAGAGCUCCUGAGAUUAUUUUAGGUUUACCUUUUUGUGAGGCGAUUGAUAUGUGGUCAUUGGGUUGUGUAAUUGCCGAAUUAUUUCUUGGUUGGCCCUUAUAUCCUGGAUCAUCUGAAUAUGAUCAAAUUCGUUACAUCAGUCAAACACAAGGCGUACCUGCUGAACACAUGCUGAAUGCCGCCACAAAAACAACUCGUUUCUUUUUUCGGGAAACUGAUAGUAGUUAUCCAUUUUGGCGUCUAAAGACUCCAGAAGAACAUGAAAGUGAAACUAAUAUCAAAAGUAAAGAGGCUAGAAAAUACAUCUUCAAUUGUUUGGAUGAUAUGGCUCAGGUUAAUGUUCCAAAUGAUUUGGAGGGUUCUGAACUUUUGGCUGAAAAGGUUGAUCGUCGAGAGUUUAUUGACCUCUUGAAGAGAAUGCUUACGCUCGAUCAAGAUCGACGAAUCACACCCGGUGAAGCUCUUAACCACAGUUUUGUUACAUUAAACCACCUCAUCGAAUAUGCUCAUUGUAGCAAUGUAAAAGCAUCUGGAAGCAUGAUGGAUGUGUGUCGUAAAAUUCGUCCAGGAUUUGACAGUAAUGGUAAUCAAGUAUCCAUCGUGAACAGUUUGUCUUCAACUUCAAAUGUUGCUUUAGCAUUCAAUAAUACAUUGAAUAAUCUUCAGAAUCAGUAUCAAUUGCAGUCAGCAAGUUUCUAUCAACCAGCUCAUCAAUUAACAGCCCCUGCAAGGGUGAAUAUAUCCCAAACUCAAAGUCAACCUCGAGUUGCAGCUGUAGCAACGAACCAGUAUGCUGCUGCUGCAGCAGCGGCCGCAGCUGCUCGUGUAGAUCCUUUCCAGCAUGCAGCUCAGUCUCUUUGCGUUUCCUCCAUUUUAUGCCCUUCUUAUCCAGGUUUAAAUUCUCCAGCAAAGCAUGUAGUACCUGUUGUAGCACAGUCUGCUCAGCCACAGGCUCUUCAUAUUCAACCAUCGCUUUUAACACAGGUUGGUGCACAACAGUAUGUCCCUGUUUCAGUUGUAGAACAAAAUGGUCGCCAGAUGCUUUUGACGAAUGCUAUCCAGUCUGGUUGGCCUACUAGUCGACAAAUGUUUGUGCCAUCCUGGCAACAACUUCCUUCACAACGAGCGAUUCAGCAACCAUUACUCUCGGACUCAGAAACGUGGAGUCGUUCUUUAGUGUUAGAAAGAGCAGCUCUAUUGUCAGAUCAACCAGCAGUCAUACCAGUUGAACUCCAUGACUCUGCUGUCUACGAACAUCUUAGAGACCGGACUCAUUUAAACCAUCUUUUACCUCAAGCCUUGGCACCUAGUGUUCAGCAAGCAUGGGGUGUUGUAGCCUCUAAUUCAUCCCACUGUAAUUUAAUACCAACAAGAUUGCAUCACUCUUCUAAUGGCUCAAAAUCCUCUAGUAGUAACAGUACAUCGACAAAACGCCAAACAAAACUAAGGCCUGGAAAGGAGAAGGACAUGAGCAACUCUCAAUUGUCUCCUGUAAAAAAGAGGGUUAAAGAGAGCUCUCCACCCAAGUGGGAAAGUCCUCUGACUUCACAUCAUAUACAAUCCAAUCAAAACUGUUGCAUACCAGCCAGUCAGUGGGAUGUCACACACUCUUCAAAAUCUUAUGAAAGAAAUCGAGUACCAGCUAGAUCGGACAAGGUUCACCAGAGGCCAACUAUAGUUAUACACGAUACUCCUAGUCCGGUUGUAAGUGUCAUCACCAUCAGUUCAGAUUCUGAAGAAGAAAUAGAUUCAACAAUCAGUUGUGAUACGAAGAAAUGUAAAGCUUGUGAUUCAAAAAAAAUGAACUCCAACCAUCUAAAUGUUAAUACUGCAGAAGUAUCAUCUACAACUAACUGUGACAGUGUGUUGGUUUUAACACCAGAAGAUCAAAAUGGGAAGAUGUCCUAUGGGGGUGGUCAGCUGCACAGGAAAAAUGUUAUUAGCUGUGUUACUGUGAGAGAUUCUGAUUCUGAAGGCUACAACAGUCCUUUGCAAGCACUUCCUCAUUUCACGUCAUCAGUUAUUGGUCGAGUAAUCAAGCCUGAGCCACAGAAGGAAAAAUCAACUUGCCAACCCAUUUCCCAAAAAAAGAGAUUACUGGAAAAAGUUCAAGCGCAAGGGAAUGCUGAAGCACGAUCCCAAUUUGGUAGCCAAAAUUCUUUGAUUUUGCCAACCAAGCAAGAAGUUUUAGCUGAUAAUGAUUGCUGUCAGCAAUCCCAUUCAUCAUCGAAUCCUCAGUCGGAUAGCAUUUUAGUGACAUCUAGCCGAUCAUCAAGCAAUUUAGCUUCUACUCGACAUGCUUCUAGUGGUGUUGAGAAAGAUUCAUAUCAAUACUAUUCUAAGCAACAAGUUCAGAAUUUAGAAGGUGAAAAGCUCAUAAAGUGUAGCAGUUCACCAUUACGAAACAAAGAGAAAACUAUUGUUUUGCCCUGCAACAUUAGUAGUAGAGGUGGCCGACAUGGUCCUAGUGUUACAUCAGCUCAUCUUUCUCCAUUACAACAUAUUGGUCAGCCUUUGUAUCUCACUACGCAGGCUGAUUUAUACAGAGAUUAUUGUCGUCCUGCUGUUUAUGUCACUUCAAACUUGUCUCAUCAAGCAUAUUUGUCUGGAGCUAGCCAACCUCAAAAGUACGUCUUGACUCCUGGCCAGAUAUCGUCUGCUUCUUUUUCUACUACAUCUUUGCCAGUCCCGCCUCCCGCCCAUCAUCAUCACACUUCCAGCCGCUCUUCUAUAGCCGCGGCAGUUCCAUACACAGCAGGUCACAGUGCAACCCACCCCCUUCCAGCGCACCUUCAACCAUCUUCUAACCCGGCUGCGGCUGUCUUGCCCUCUUCGGCUGUAUCCAUCGCCCCUUUUUCGAGUGCUCCGGCCCUUGCCCCGCAUUUCAGUUACAGCCUCAACCCCUUGAGCCCAGCAAAACCUUCCUAUAAUCCUUUAUAUCAAAUGUUUCCUGAAUGAACAGUACAAAUAAGAACUCCUUGUUCAAGAUUUUGUACGGAUAUACUAUUUUGAAGGUUACAAGAGCAACGGUCAUGACUAUCUUAGAGUUUUUAACUUGAUGGGAAAAGUGCCAGUUGUGUUAUUAAACAGCACAGUAGAAUUUAUGACCAAAUAAUGUAGCUAAAUUGUGAUGUUUGUGACUUAUGUUGGUUUGGAUUUUCGAUGAAUCGGGUGUUACUUUUUCCUCAUAAUAUUUUUUAGUGAAUCGGGCAUAGUGCAGCAAACAUAUUGUAAUAUUUAGUUUUAAUUCAACAUUGUUUGUUCCACUUGUUGUUUAUUGAUUGACGUGUGGUUUAUUAGCUUGCAUGAAAACAUAUGUAAAUAACGUGUAUAUAUAUAUAAAUGUGUGUACUUUUAAUACCGAUCAGUCCUUUGUAAAUAGCUAUGAUUUUGAAGGACUGCAAAACUAGAUUUCUUUUAUUUUUAUAGUGUACAAAAGGAAUGUUUUGUGCGGUGUGGAAUUUUUACCAUUUUGCAAUGUCCUUAAUUCACCUGUGUGAUUUUAAUAACUCACUUUUACACACCUUAUGGCCAUUUUAAUGGUCAACUUCUAUGGUCAUGUUAGUCUACUUAUAGAUGUGAAAAAGGCUUGGUUUAUAUGCCUUUAAACUAUAUGUGCAUAUUUUGGCUAAAUGAUUUUUUAGGUGGUUUUCAAGAAAAGUUUUAACUUUCAUACGUGUUAAUUCAUGCUUCAUUUGUUAUUUACUUAUUUUUAGUCAAAAUUUCUUUGUUAAUAUUGUAUAUGAUUUCUGUUGAUUCAAAGUUUUAGUGUGGUUUGUGAUCGGUUGUGUUAUUUCUAACUUAAUAUUUGUGUUUAAAUUUAUUUGAAUUAAUAUUCAAAAAUUUUCAUGUUAAGCUCAUUUAAAUGUUAUAUAAAAUGUCUUUGAUUUUUUUUCUUUGUACUUAACCAAUUCUCUAUUGAGCGUUUUUAUCUUAGCAUAGCAACAUAUGUAUUUCAAUUUGUGCAGUUUAUAAAAAAUUGCCCAAUUUACUUUAAAAUUAAUGCUUAUUUAAAAAGCAAAAAAUAAACGUAGUUUUGUACAUUUCAUUUUACUAUUUUUAAAUUAAAUCUUUUCUAUCUUUCACUAAGUUACUUUUAUUUCUUAGAAUUAGCUUAAAAUUUUCACGUUUGUUUUAAUUACGGUUUACUAGGAAUUUCGUGCUACAUUUAGUGGCCAUGUUUAAAUAAAUUUUUAUUAAUUAAUUGUAUCAUAUUGUAUAUUAAUUAUAAGCAUUAAUAUGUAUUAACACUGUUUGUCAUUUAAAAAUUUUAUUGUUCUAUGUAAAUGCAUAUCAUUAUCUAAUUAUGUAUUAAAAAUUUAAAUCUCAGUUAUGUCAAAUUGAAAACCACAUUUCACUACAUGUAAAUAUUCAAUUUCUUUUAUAUCUGUAGCCUUGUAUAUGUGCUUAUACUAGUUUUUUAGGUGCCAACUACGUAGAAUGAGAUUAAACACCACCAUUGAAAUUUGUAAAAAGUAUACAAAUGCGCUCAAUUCCAAGUAGAUCCACAAUGCAUUUUCUAAUUUUGGAAGGGAAUAAAAUUAUUUUUUUCCUCAUUACUUCUGAUGUUUAAAAUAUUUUCACUAAGAGGAGUAAUAUUUGACUUCUAUCAGUUAAUAUUUAUUUUAUAUCGAUUCUUAUUUCUUGUAAUUUUGUUAAUUUCUGUAAUAUAGCAGUUAAUUUAAAACAAUAAUUUUUUAGUAGUUGAUAAACUUAAAUUUUUAAAAUGACGUUUUUUCCCCCCUUAAUUGUAUGUUAUAUCAAUGAAAUUACAUUUCAUGUUUUGAUGUCAAUAUUAUUAGCUAAACUAAAGUAAAAUACAAAAUACUGAUUUCUAGUUUGUUUUUACUAGUAAUUUGGGAAAUCCUAAAGGAAAAUAAGUAUCCUUAGUUUUUCUGAUUAGAAUUCAUAAAUAUCCUUAGUUUUUCUACUUAAAAUUCAAAGUUAUCUUUUCUUUUUAUUUAUUAUUUUUUCUUUGAGUAAGAUAUGUUUAAAUUUUCUUAAUUUGAAAAAAUAUUUAAUUACUCCUUUUUUAUCUCAAUUAUAAAAGAUUUCGAUUAUAAUAUUUACUAAAAUAUAAGUUCAUCUCUAAUUUCAAAAUUUAAUUAUUGAUGUAUAUUUGUAUUUCAAAUUUUAUCUCAGUUCAAUUAAAGUGACGUAACUCAAUUUUAUUUUUAGAUUAUUCUUGAUUUAACAUUGUUAUACUUUUUGUUAUUGUACAAUUUAGCAUUGAUUUUAAUUCUUUUGUGUUAUUUUUUAAUGUUUAGAUUUUAUAUUAUGAAGCUAAAUUUGACAUAAUUUUCUUCUACUUUUCUAUCAAUGUCAGUGGUUAUAAUUUACUGGGGAUGCCAACUAAUAUGAAUUAUUUGAUUAUAUUUAUAAAGCACCAUGCAAAAAUAAUACUUAAAAGUUAAUAAUUAUUUUCAAAAUUUUCACUUCUUAAUUGAUGAUUAAUUUUAAUUUUAAAAUAUUCUAUUUAAACGCAUAAUUUAAUUUAAUAACUCUUCGUUAUGUUUAUUUAAACUUUCAUUUUAUUUAUGCAACAAAUUUUAUUUUAAAAUAUUUUUCAUGCACAGUGACUUGUUAAGAAUUGUGAUAUGAUUCACUUUAGAGUUCUUAUAUUUAAAUUUUUGUACUUCGACUAUAUAAGUAAAACAUGUUUCUAAUUUCUUCAAAAAUGUUACCUUAAACUAAAAUGACUAUAUAUUAACUAAUACAAUAUGAUUAUAUACUAAACUACCAUACAUAAACUAAUGACACUAUAAAAUAAUGUUUUAUCAGAAAAUAAACUGUUUAUUCAGCAUAUAAUAAUGUAAUUAACUUCAUUAAAAUACCUAGCCACAGUAAUGUUAUUAGUUACCAGAAGUAAUAAAAUUAAGUAGCUAGUUACAGUAAAAAACCCAAUAUCCAAGGAACCAAAUUUUGGAAAAUUUUAAAAAAUUUUAUUGUGAUUUUUUUUUUAAUUUUGCUAUUUCAGUUUUAUUUAUUUUUCAACUGUUAGUCUUUUAUUUAUCUUUCUAUCUACUAUUUAUCUUUUCUUUCUAUCUACUUUCUAUCUCUAUCUACUAUCUAAAAACAGGCAUUCAGG